AGGUCGAGCGAGAGUGUGCCAUGCAUGCUUCAGGUACUUGGACCCUUCACCGGUCGAACAGAGUAGGUGACAAUGAAGAAGCUCGACGGCAUCUGGGAAACGAUAGGGUGAUUGCACGUAUGCUGAGAGCACAGCGAGUCUACCGGUGGUUCCCCGAAAUGAGCGAAAGUCCACCUCACAUCACGCAUAUAUUGCCGUCCGUCUGUCCAUCCAGAACUCUCGCUCCCGGUAUCGUUGCUGCUGUCAACAUCAACUCCCAUCCUUCAACCUUCACUGGCAAUCCCAACCCUAGCAAGCAUAACAGCAAUGCUCGCAUCUCAUCUACUAGGACGGUGACCAGCAGGUCUGCGUUCAAGGCGAGCAUGGCCGCGCGCUCUGAAUAG